AUAAACAACAUUGAAUAAUAUGCAACACUUACAAAAAACUUUUAAAAGGACUAGUCAGUACUGAAAUACCUCAAAUAAUGCGUUUUUCAACAAGUUAUGGGUCCAGCGAUGUCUUGUUUACAUGAAAACCAAGAUAGUUUACUGACGGCCAAGAGCAGAAAUCCUUCGCUGACUAAAUACUUCAGCCAACGGGACCACAUUGAGGUCCCCACCCAAUCCGAGUUAUCAGCAGUGCGCGGAAACGAGAAAUCCCAACAACGGGAGCUAGUGAAAGCAAUAGAAAGUAAUAAUGUAGGGGCUGUAAUAGAUCUUAUCAAUAAUUAUUCUCUGGAUAGCUGGGGUGAUGUUUCAAAUUACGUCACCAACAACUAUAGGGUCCAUAACCCCGUGGAAACGGCAUGCAAUUUGGGCCAUACAGAAAUAAUAAACAUAUUUUUUGAAAACGGAUGCAGUGCCAAUUUACCGACAAGCUCAGGUCGUUUGAUUCAUACUGUGUUAAAAAACAUACAGGCCCAGAAAAUUAACUUGGAAGAUGGCCGUACACUCAUCAAAUUUAUGUGUGUUCAGAAUAAUUGUAAUGUAAAUAUAAAAGAUAUACACCACAAAACACCUCUACUUUAUGCAUGUGAAAUUGGAGACAAAAGCAUCUUAGACAUACUGAUGUCGGUUUCGGACCCAGACAUACUUAAAUGCAAAGAUCUUCCGAAUGGAUUCACACCCCUCCACAUGUCUGUCAUGAAAUGUGAUUUGGAGUGUGUCACAUUCAUUCUAGAACAUUUACCAGAGAAAAGUUUCAUCAAUAUCCAGGACAACAGGGGUAGAACACCUCUUCAUUUAUCUUUGAUUUCUAUGUGCAAAAACCUUCAAUAUAUGAAUGAAAUAGCUUUUCAGUCAUCGAAGUCCACUGAUGAUUUACAGAAAGAACAACUUAGAAAACUACAGCACAUUCAGGAAAACUCCAUUGCUGUUACAGAACUUCUUUUACUGCAUGGUAGCGAUCCUAAUUGUCAAUCACAUGGAGGAAGAAUCUCUAUCCAGUCCAUUGGAAAAGACAUGCCACUAUACCUCGCAAUGUCAUUGGUUGCAAUGGACCAAACGGCAGAUUUUUUAUAUGGGGAUGGGACAAAAACUUCGAAAGCUCUUCAGCCCUUCUUGUUUUCGUCAGUGCCAAACAAUAACCUGAAGCCCUCCUCCUAUUCUUCUCUUGUGAGACUUCUGAUUCUGUUCGGUGCUAAUCCAAAAGAGAGCAAAGAACUUUGGCUAGCUGCCUUCCAGGAAGAGUCCUCUGUUGUUCCUCUGAUAGAUGAAGUGUUCGAUUACAUUGAAAACAAAGAUUCUGGUCCCAAAAAACUCUUUCAGUUGUGUAAACAAGUCAUCAGACACCAACUGACUAAGUCAUAUAAUCUACAUAAAGUUGAUCAACUUUCAUUACCGACCUCCAUGCAAGCGUACAUUAGAUUUCAAUAUCUAUAGUAUACUUACUUUCUUGCUUAACUCUCAAAUUUUGAAUGAGAUUGUUUGCAAAUAUGUUUUAUUUAAGUAAGAUAGAGUGUAAAUUCUUGCCAUAUAAACACAAGUAUUAUCAGUCAAAAA